AUGUUAGCCGUUAGAGCACAGUACCACGUAGAAGAUCAAUACUGGUCGACUGUAGGGGAGCUACUCGCGGGAGAAAUAGACCUCCCAAGCCUAGUCGAUAACCCUGCCGUUACUAGCCAAACAUCGAUCACUGAAUUGGAAACAGCCCUUCAACGUAGAGCCACUGGCCACGACGGGGCAUACUAUGAAGUGUUUCCGUCAGAUUACAACAAUUGCGGGAGCCCUGACCUGGUCACCACUUAUACUGACGUGUGUGAGGGGUCUAACAGCGCGUUCAAAGCAUAUCAAGCUCGUAACACUAAUGACAAAGCCAUGGUCUUUAUUACUUGGCCCCAUCACAGGUGCGAGAAAGGGGAUUAUGAGCGUCACGCCAUCCUCCUCCAUGAAAUGAUAGCCUGCACUAAACGCACAACAUACUCCUGGUAUGGAUCUCUCCAAGAUGAUGUUUGCUAUCUUGACCCGUCGGGUAGUGAGUGCGUCGAAGCAUAUGUAGAUACGUGGUCCCCAUCGGCAAUGGCAAAUGCCGACUACGUAGGCCCGUACUGGGCAGUGUGGGGUUCCAAUCUGAGCUAG